AUGUCUGCCCAACCCUCGCCCCGACAAGCGGAAGACCGCGACAUCAAGUCCCCCCCGCCCUUCGAGGACCUGCAGACCGCGUCCUAUCCGCUUCUCCCCUCUCACUCGCAGCAUUCCGUGCGCAUACACGACUACGGCCGGUCCAGCCCGCCAUCCAAGUCCAACGCCAAGCAGAAGGUCGCCGUGUCCCAAUCGGACUCCGAUACAGGGCUCAGCAGCGCGUUGCGCCAGUACGACGAAGAGCAGGCGCGCGGGCACGGGCACCACCCUUAUCAAGGCACGUCCCACGGCGCCGGCGAGGGUGCCGAUUAUCACCACCCUGCGCGCGGACACAGCGGCAGCUGGGACAUCCUCUCUGGCAUCAAGAAACUCGAGCACUCUUACGUCGAGUUUGACUCACGUCACGCCAGCCAGGCGCACCUUGCGUUUGCGGAGGGCGACGUCCCCAACAAUGGCUUCUCUAAGCUGUAUAAUUACUUGUUGAACGCAUCGAUCGUCACGCGGUGGAUCGUCUUUAUCAUUCCCGUCCUUGGUCUUCUGUGGAUUCCAGGUAUCCUCGGUCUUACGAAGUACCCCCAUGCUACGAUUUGGGGCGUCAAGCUGAUGUGGUGGAGCAUCUGGCUUACUAUCGUCUGGUGUGGAUGGUGGGGCUCGCUAGCCACAGCCAUGCUGCUGCCGCAUGUAGCGCGUCAUACCGUUGGUAUUGUCGUCGUCGGAGCGCGGCGAUACAUUGAGUGGCUUUACGCGCUCAAGAGAUACGUCGCCCUGUUUGUUUGGACGCUCGCAGUCUGGAUCAGUUUCCAGCCGCUGGUGAACACCCGGCAGGAAUCUACCGCAACGUCCAGCGACGUCAGAAUUAUCGACACUGUCGCGAAGCUACUUUUCGCGUUCUACGUCUGCGCGGGGGUACUGCUUUUUGAAAAGUUCGCCAUACAGUGGAUUGCGGGCAAGUUCCAUGAACGGUCUUACGCUGAACGCAUUGCAGACCAGAAGUUCGCGGUGCGAGUGCUGGUCACUCUUUAUCGGCACUCUAGCGACAUACCAUGGCGGUCCGACACACUUCGUGACGGCCCCACCGACAAGCGGGCGUCCAUGCACCCGAAGAAGUUCAUCAAGAAGGCGUUGAAGGGUGUGCGCUUCGCUGCAACGACUACGACAACUGCCCUGGGUAACGUGGCGUCUGAAAUUGCCGGCAGUUCCGUGUUGCAACCAAAUUCGCCCCAGGCGAUGGUUCAGACGGCCUUGGAGUCUGCGAACAAGUCGCGUUUGCUCGCACGCCGCCUCUACUACUCCUUCGUGCGACCUGGCGCGCACGAGCUCCUCGUGGAGGACAUCGCGCGCUUCUUCCGCAGCCCGGACGAGGCCGAUGCCGCGUUCGCGAUCUUCGACAAGGACAUGAACGGCGAUGCUACAAGAGAUGAGCUAGAGAUGGCUUGCAUGGACUGCCAUCGCGAACAGCUUUCGCUCGAGCACUCGAUGCACGACCUCGACAGCGCCGUCGGCCGCUUGGACAAUAUCCUCAUGAGCGUGUACGUUAUCGUCGUCAUCGUCGUCAUCGCCGUCGCUCUGGAAGCGCAACUUGCGACCCUGAUCACCGGUGCAGGCACCAUGAUCCUUGGCCUGAGCUGGCUGAUCGGCUCGAGCGUCGUGGAGGUGCUCACGAGCAUCAUCUUUUUGUUCCUGAAGCAUCCGUUCGACGUCGGGGACCGUGUCACGAUCCAGACGAAGACGUAUACCGUGAAGGAGAUCCGCCUCCUGAGCACCGUGUUCCUUGACGGAAACUCGUGCCAGGUGCAGGCGCCGAACUCUAUCCUGAACACCUAUUUUAUCGAGAAUAUGCGGCGUAGUCCGCAGAUGUCAGAGCCGUUCGAAUUCGACGUGGCCUACUCGACGACAUUUGAGCAGAUCGAGCAUCUGCGCGAACUGAUGAUAGAGUUCCUGAAGGUCGACAGGCGCAACUUCCUCCCUUCGUUUGAUGUCGUGGUAGUCGAUAUGCCUGGUCAAGAGUUGAUGACCCUCAAAGCCGACAUCAAGUACAAGAGCAAUUGGCAGCAAGCGGCUCUUCAGGCCCAGCGACGCAACAAAUGGAUAUGCGCUCUCAAAACGGCAAUGAAGCAGGCGAAGAUAUUCGGCCCGAAGGGCAAUCCUGACGCGACUCCCGCGCCGGAGAGGUACACCGAGGUCCCCUGGGAAGACGUCGCACGGGAGGAUAGAAAGAAGGAGAGUAUACACCAGCCGGUGGGCCGCCUGCAGGAGUCGCGUGUCCCCACGGCAAACUGGGCGUUCUCGGACAAGAAUGCUGUCAUGUUGGACGACUCGCAGGAUAUAUUCGACGAGUCGGAAGAGCUGCAAAUGAGGGCCCCUCGGCAGGACUCCGCGAGCAGCCUCCGACAAAGGCCUGUCACGAUGCCGUCGCCCCUGAUAAUGCCCUCUCCCCAGCACCAGACAAGUACUGAGGAGAUCGAGCUGAAGCCACCCUCCGCGCAACCGACGUAA